GCACGUGAAGAACAAGAAGCUCACACUUUCCACAGCAGUAAGUGUUGUGUUAUUAUUACUAAUAUUUUUUUGUGAACCAUACUUGUUUGCUUUUUCGAUUACUGUAACCUGUUGUUUUUUCAUUUAUUUAUCAAAUCUCCUCUCAUGUAUAAUUAUGUUAAAAUGGUGUUUUUGCGCUUGGUGUUUCGAGUCUGACGUCAUCAUGCGGCCGUGUUUUUUUGCUUUUUAAGUUUAAGAAGCAUAUAUACAGGUACAUCUCAAAAAAUUAGAAUAUCGUGAAAAAGGUCAAUAUUUUUUGUCACUCAUUUCAGAAAGUGAAACCCAUAUAUUAUAUAGAUUCAUUACAACAGAGUGAAAUAUUUCAAGCCUUUAUUUCUUGAAAUUUUGAUGAUUACGGCUUACAGAUAAUGAAAACUCAAAAUUCAGUGUCUCAGAAAAUUAGAAUAUUACAUAAGAUCAAUAAAAAAGGAUAUUUUAAACAGAAAUGUCAGGCUUCUGAAAAGUAUGUUCAUUUCUAUGCACUCAAUAAUCGGUUGGGCCUCCUUUUGCAUGAAUUACUGCAUCACUGCGGCGUGGCAUGGAGGCAAUCAGCCUGUGGCACUGCUCAGGUGUAAUGGAAGCCCAGGUUGCUUUGAUAGCGGCCUUCAGGUCAUCUGCAUUGUUGUGUCUGGUGUCUCUCAUCUUCCUCUUGACAGAUUCUCUGUGGGGUUCAGGUCAAGCGGGUUUGCUGGCCAAUCAAGCACAGUACCACCAUGGUCAUUGAACCAGCUUUUGGUACCUUUGGCAGUGUGGGCAGGUGCCAAGUCCUGCUGGAAAAUGAAAUCAGCAUCUCCAUAAAGCUUGUCAGCAGAAAGAAGCAUGAAGUGCUCUAAAACGUCCUGGUAUACGGCUGCGUUGACUGUGGACUUAAGAAAUGUAGACUUCAUGUACCUGUAGUUUAGAUGGUUAGUGUAAGGGUGUCGUAAGACUUGAAACAGCAAGUAUUUAGUAAAAACCACCAAGCCACGCCCACGGAUCUGACUCGAAACACCAAGGAUUUAGUGAGUAGACAUUGAUGUUGCGUUCAGAUGUCCAUGAUGAUGGUGCAGGUGGAUGUGAUGUGCUGUAAAUCAGUAGGAACUGAUCUGUCUAUGCUGGAUAUUGAUGAUUUGAUGACAGAAAUCUGUCAGCUGAAGAAAGAGGUGAAGUUACUGGAGACAAAACUCAGAGAGAGAGACCAACUCAACAGAAAGGAUGUAUGUGGUGUUUCUCUCUGUGAUCAAACAUCUCCAGAUCUUCUGCUUUCUGUCUGUAAUGAAGAGCAGAAGACAUCAGUGAAGCCGCUGGACUGUGAGAUGGAGAUGAAAACACAAAUCAAAGAAGAACAGACGGAUGAAGAUGAUGUGAUUUAUUCAGACCCAAUGGAGGUGCAGGGAGAAAGUCCAGAACCAAAAGAAAUGGAGGAGAAGCAUUAUCUCAUAAAUGGAGAAGUGUUUCUGAUCUGUCUGAACACCAAUAUUCUGCCACCAAAAAGCUCCCAAACAGCAACGGACAAAGAUUCUCAUUUGUGCUCUCAGUGUGGAAAGAUCUUCACUCGUAAAGACAACCUUAAUGCGCACAUGAGAGUUCACACUGGAGAAAAGCCUUACACAUGUCAUCAGUGUGGAAAGACCUACAGUCAUAAAUCUGACCUGAACAUUCACAUGAGAAUUCACACUGGAGAACGGCCUUACAGAUGUGAGAAAUGCGGAAAGGCCUUUUCUAGGAAUCAGCAGCUUAAAGCGCACAUGAGAAUUCACACGGGAGAAAAGCCUUACAAAUGCGAUCGGUGUGAAAAAGCCUUUACUCAAAAAUACCAUCUUAAUGUGCACAUGAGAAUGCACACCGGAGAGAAACCUUGCCUAUGUGACCAGUGUGGAAAGAGCUUCAGUCUGAAGGCUAAUCUUAAAUCUCACAUGAGAGUUCACACCGGAGAAAAGCCGUACGGAUGUGAUCAGUGUGGAAAGAGUUUUGCAUCGGCAGCGACACUGAGAGAUCAUCUUCUCUAUCAUUCUGGAGUGAGAUCAUUUCAGUGUGAACUGUGCAGUAAAGCCUUCAUUACUACAUUUGCUCUGAAGAGUCACAUGAAGACUCACACGAGUGUGAAGCCUCAUGUCUGUUUCAUCUGUGAAAAGACCUUCUCAACACUCUCCUCUCUUAAAGUGCACAAGAAAACACACACAGUUGUGGCAUCUCAUGUGUGCUCUGAACGUGGCAAAACCGUUACUACAUCUGAGCAAUUAAAAAAACACCAGAGAGUUCACACUGAAGAGAAAUCUCACCACUGCUCCUCAUGUGAGCGGAGCUCUAGAAAAUCAAGAUGUCUUGAGACUCGCUGAAAGUGCUGCAAAGUUCAUCCUCAGUAGUAAAAUGACUUGUGUUUAAAUGGUUUCUGCUAAAGUAGUUGUUUUUUAUUCACGUAAGAGAAAUAUUGAAUACAUUUUAUAAUGUUUAUGAAAGAAAGUAAGGAAAAAAACACAAAUGUUUUACUAGGCCGGGCAUUUGAACAAAUAAGCUAAAAUGACUCAUGAACUUUUUUUUACUUGCCUAUUAAAUUGUUUAAAAAAUCAAAAUUAAGGGCUGGUUGCAUAAAUCUGUUUUACAACUCAGCCAUCUGGUUUUUUUUCUUUAAGACUGGUAUUUGUUUUUUAAGUCUGUUGUCGAAAAUUUAGGAUCUGUCUAAUUUAAGAUGAAAAGGAAGACUGAUCGUUCAAAUUCAGGAAUGCCACUUUAACACAGCACAAAUGAUCUAUUAUAUUUUCCCCCUAUUUUAUUAAUGAUUAUUCCUCAAAGUUAUAUUUUUGCCAUUUACAACUUAGCAAAUUUGUGUAUUUGUUAUUGUGAAUUGUAUGUUGGUCUCAAACUGCACUGAAUUAUAAAAAAAUGUAAACUGUCAUUGAUUUGAGAAUUAAUGCUUGUAAACUUUUGAAAUUAUUAAUUAUCAUUAAUAAUGAUUAAUGAUAAUUCAUUUAUCUGUCCCGCCUGCUCGUGUUGAAGAGCAAGUAGGGGCGGGGUCGGGCUGAUAACAGUUACGUCACAGUAUACGUGUAUAUUAUUAAUAACUAUCUCUAA